UACAGACAGUGAAGUGAAAAUGACAGUUUGUUACACAAAUCACAAGCGCGAGGGAGGAGGAGGGUCCCUGGGUGGGCGUGGCCAAAAGACAGGUUCGGUUGCAUCGCAGCGCAUACACAAUGGCUGCUGGAAAGAGGGGAAAGCAAACAAUUUUUAGGCCCGCCGCGUCCAGCAAAAAAUAUGAGAAAAAAAUUAUUAAAAAUCCGGGGAAUAGUUGAAAGUCAAGAAAAACGCCGUAGAAAGGAUGUUAACGCUCCCAUGGACCUUGCGUCUCUGCUGUGUUGAAGAUUUGGACUUUCUCGCUCCGUCUAUGCUGGGACACAUCGCACGCGUCCACCACAUGGCCUGCUGCCGCUAAGUUGCCAUGGCAACCGUAGCUCCUGACGACUGCCCCGACACGGCAGAACGCUGUCGAGUGAGGAAGAGGAGGGUGGAGGGGAAAAUGAGGAAGAACUUCUCCUGUCAACUGUGUGAGAAGUCCUUCAACAGCUUGGAGAAGCUGAAGGUCCACUCGUACUCUCAUACGGGGGAGCGGCCUUACCGCUGCACUCACAACGACUGUAGCAAGGCUUUCGUCUCCAAGUAUAAACUGCUACGGCACAUGGCCACACACUCGCCAGAAAAGACACACAAGUGCAGCUACUGCGAGAAGAUGUUUCAUCGUAAAGAUCACUUGAAGAAUCACCUCCACACGCACGACCCCAACAAGGAAGCCUUCAGCUGCACAGAAUGUGGCAAGAGCUACAAUACCAAGCUGGGCUUUCGGAGACAUCAAGCCCUGCACGCCGCCCACCGCGGAGACCUCACCUGCCAGGUGUGUUUGCAGCCGUACCCAACCACCCCCCUGCUGCUGGAGCACCUGCGCGGCCACGCCGGGAAAAGCGCCACCACCGCUAAGGAGAAACGGCAUCAGUGCGAACAAUGCGAGAGGCGCUUCUACACCCGCAAGGACGUGCGGCGCCACUCGGUCGUGCAUACGGGGCGCAAGGACUUCCUGUGCCAGUACUGCGCCCAACGGUUCGGCCGUAAAGACCAUCUCACUCGCCACGUCAAGAAGAGCCACGCUAACGAUCUGCUGAGGGUUAAGGCGGAGCCCGUAGACUUGAUGGAGCCGCGCUCCUCGCCAACAUUAAGGUAUCCCAUUGGUCACGCUUCAUACUCGCCGCCGCAGCCCUUGAGGGCGGAGCUUGAGAGUUACCUCCUCGAGCUACAGGCUGAGGACGCUCCCAAGCUGAGCGCCACCGCCACGGCGACCGGAGAUACGUCCUCGUCCCUGGACUUCCUGUCGCCGCUCUUCAACUUUCUGCCUUACAGCCAAGGGGCGGGGCCUGCUUUGGGAGUGCCUUACAGCCAGGAGGAGGGGCUACCGCUAACCACGCCCAUGCAAGACACACCAGAGUCUCUCAGCCUCCUUCACACACUCCAAACGCAAACCAGCGCACUCGCUCCGAAUUACGCGCAUCCACCAUCUCUCAAUACAACCACCACUCUGCCUCGCUUUCACCAGGCCUUCCAGUAACCCAAACUAACUGUAGCACUUAAUUGCAUUUGUAAUCACCUUAGCCCUUAAACUUAAACCAAUUUCCGCCAAUGCAACGUUCACCUUACUCAAGCCAGUAUCACUUUAUGAAGGAUCAUGAUUUUGAGGAUAAUGUUGUAGAUAGUGGAGGAUACCAAACUUCACCCGAAAACUGUAACUAAAAGUAAAAUACACUGUUUUUGUGUGUUUUUAGCGGUUUGCAGUGAAAUUUUGCUCACAAAUCGUCCGUCGGAGAGUGCAUAGCUUUUAAAGUCCUCUCAUUAGCACUUUGAACUUCUAGUGAUGUUGAAGUUCCAUCAAAGCUAAAAGAUAUUAUCGAAUGUUAAAAAUUCUGCUCUGUUUAUUUGUUUCUGUGGCUCAUAAGCUGUUUGUUACCGAACUACCAGCAUUUUAGUGACCGUGUCACAACUCUUCACAGCCAAAGGCAACCAGACCCCUCGUAGAUAAAGGCAGGAAGGCUCAUCUCGUUACGUUUUUAUUUCCUUUCAGAUUUGUUGUAUUUGUUUUUCAUGUUUGAUGCUGCUGCUCAUCGUAAGAGCCUCAACGGAUACCAGCACAGAACUGCUUCACAAUACAAAGCAACAAAGGGAAAGAUGGACAAUCUCUAUCUCUUUCACACGCACACACUCGUUCAUCCUUUUCAAACAUGUUUAAUCCUCAUCCACCAGAAUGCUGGCUGUUGCACUGAUCAAAGCUAUCAAUGAAACAAUCCAAUUCAUAUCAUCAUCAUCUUUGCUGUGUCAUAUGAAGCUCCAAAACCUAAUCUGUGACAGACCCUGUCGUGACACACUGCUCUGAAGAAAACAUUCGGCUUGAGGAUCUUGAAUCGAAAGUUAAAUCUACGAAUGUUUGCCAUGAAGCGAUUAUCAUUGAAAGUUCACACACUGAAGCUGUCGACUGGUACAGUUAGAUACCGUAGUCGAAUAGAAACACCUCAAUCGCUCAACCCAGUAUCACGAAAUUACGUAGCUAUAGUCACGUGUUUUCCGUGACGCUGAUAUGUUUUUCCGCCUUUUUGCGUGAACGUGUCACGUAUUUCUGUUUACGUGUCACUGUCACGUAUUUGUUACUCAACUGUUUUUCCUAUUUUCUUACCAUUGUCGCUUCGGUUUAGGGUUAGAUAAAAUGACAUCCUUACCCAAACCCAACCCUAACCCUAAUGCCAGGCACAAUAGUUUAAAAAUCAUAAAAUAUACAAAAUAAAUCAUGAAAAAAAGGUUGAAAUCAAUACUUAAUGCAACACCAAAGAGGUUUUUUUUACCUUAAAAUAACAUUUCCAAAAAAGUUUCAGUCGUUCAUCCACUCGAAACAGGGUGAACGGCACGUUCACAUUCGCUUUGCAGCCCUCUAUCGGCCAAAACUCUGUAGUAAAAACUUGCUUUACGGCAGACCUACAAUCCAAUCAGAGCCAGCUAUGCUGCAGUAUUUACGACAGUGGUAAUGGACAAUUCCGCUUCUAACCUGUAGGGGGAGCAAAGAGCAAAAACUCUUUAGUGUUGCUUUAAAGUGACAUCCUAACGCAAACACCAAAUCUAACCCUAAACCAAAGCGUCAAUGGUUUGAAAAUAGGACAAAACAGUUGAGUAACAAAUACGUGACAGUGAAACGUAAACAGAAAUACGUGACAUAUUCACGCAAAAAAGGUGGAAAAACGUGUCAGUGUCACGGAAAAGACUCACAAAAUUACGUGACUGUAGUAAUUUCGUGAUACAGGGUUGCAUUGCUUUAAAAAACACAUCUUUAUCUUUAAGUCCUCUGAAAGCAGAUCUGUGUGUAUAUGGGCAAAGCGCUGGCUCAACGUUUGGGCUUUUUCGAUUGAUUUCCUCAGAAGCUGAAGGUUGUUAAGCUUAAAAUGUUCGGAAAGCCUCAGUUUUCGGGCAUGUGUUUCAUAAUAGCACUUUCAGAAAAAUAAUAUGCUUUUAUUUGGUCAUUUUAUUUUUGUUUUUUUGUGAAAGUAACUCUUUAUAAAUGUUUUAGAUGUCAUAUUUAGCUCUUUAGAAGAUUUUUAGUAUAUAUAUAAAUAUAUAAAUAUAUAUUUACACAAUGCUAUAUGUGUGAUAUUUUUACAGGUACACUUCAUACAGUGUUUUCGUUUUGUUCCUUUGCUUUAUUGCACAAAAUAUCUGUCAGCAUCUCUCAGCCAAACGGAGAAAGACGGUUGAAUUCACCCAACAUCACCUUCGGCAAGCACUUACUCCAUUUAUACACAAGGUUUCAGUAUUGACACAAUCCUGUCAAACUCUAUGUGGCCCAGUUGGCCCGCAACCAUGAGAUCCUCUGAAAGAGUGAUGCCAUUCAUUUAUAUUGCUGCUGAAUCAUGGAUUUGUAUUGUGAAUCUACAGGAUUGAACUUUAUCAUUGGGAGCCACAACUUUUAUCAACUUUUCAUAUUGGUACCAUCACAACACAGUUUGUUUGAUUGUGUGUGUGUGUGUGUGUGAAUGCGUAAGACUUGACACUCCUGCAAUAAAUCUGUUGGAUAAUGCUGCUAAUGGACAGUGAUGGAGCAACAGACCUUCUCUCCUCUCUUUUGCUAACAUUUCAGACUGUUUAAAAAAGUUGUAAAUGUGUGCGUGUGUGUUUGGGGGUUACGCGAGCCAUAUUGUUUAUGUAUUUGUAAUAUGGUGCAACUAUUGGAUGUCACCGGAGCAUGGGGAGGACCGUGAAGGUACUGACCUAUGACCUAAGAGAGAGAGGGAGAGAUAAAGCAGACAGACAGCAUUCCAGCCAUAUAAUGAUGUGUGACAUUGUGUUGUUUUAAAGUCCCUGUAAUACUAUCCUGUGAUAAUGGCUUGCUAUUGCUAAUCAUGUAUAUUUUACUUUAAUGUAUUUUACAAACUACUGUUGUAAGUGUAUAGCCGAAGACAGACAGAAUCCUAUAUAUCUAUGUGUUUGUGUGUGAUUGUGUGACGUGUGUGUAAUCGCAUUGAUUCCAUCAUCAAAACCUGCUGCCACAGUCCAUCAUUCAUUUUGUCCCCUACUGAUGACAUCAUCCAAAGAGAAAGUUAUUUAUUUACUGGCUACUUGGGUCAGGUUUAUGUUAAGGAAAGUGAAUGGCAGGCUGUUGGCAGUUGUGUGUGUGCGUGUCGAGAGUUGCGUGUUUGUGUGUGUAUUCAGACGACCUUUGCUGCUAUGUGAGGAGAGGAGAGAUUUGGUCCAGUGUUAAUACUGUCCACAGUACUGAAUGAUCAAUAAACAUACAAGAAGGACUCA